UUGACCAAGAUAAAUGCCGCGGUUGGCGUAUGUGUAUGUCAGGUUGCCCAUACAAAAAAAUCUAUUAUAACUGGCAAUCAGGCAAAGCUGAAAAAUGUACUUUGUGCUACCCACGUCUUGAAAACGGUGAGCCUACUGUUUGUUCUGAAACCUGUGUAGGACGUAUCCGUUAUUUGGGUGUUGUUCUGUAUGAUGCAGACCAAAUCAGCACAGCAGCUGGCGUAACCGACGAACAAGAGCUCUACGAAGCACAGCUUAAAGUCUUUUUGAACCCGCACGACCCCAAAGUCAUCGCUCAAGCAAAAGCUGAUGGUAUUGCUGAUAAUUGGCUGGAAGCUGCCAAACAAUCUCCUGUCUACAAAAUGGCGAUUGAUUGGAAAGUUGCUUUCCCUUUGCAUCCAGAAUAUCGCACCUUACCUAUGGUUUGGUAUAUUCCACCGCUUUCCCCUCUACAAGCAGCAGCUCAAGCUGGCAAAAUUCCUUCUAAAGAUGGCAUUAUCCCCGACAUAGAUGACAUGCGUAUUCCUGUGAAAUAUUUAGCCAAUUUGCUAACGGGUGGCAAAGAAGCUCCUGUACGUCUUGGUUUAAAACGCAUGUUGGCUAUGCGUCGUUAUAUGCGCAGUAAACUGAUCUUAGGACAAGCAGAUGAGCAAUCUCUUCAAGAAGUUAAUCUAAGCACCGAGCAAGUCCAAGACAUGUACAACAUCAUGGCCAUUGCCAAUUACGAAGAUCGUUUUGUCAUUCCAACGGGACAUCGUGAAGAAUCGAUUGAUGCUUACGGAGAAACAGGCGCUUGCGGCUUUUCUUUCGGCAAUGGUUGUGCAAGCCAUAGCAAUAGCAAAACAGAUCUAUUCGAACAGCCUAUCACUUGGCGCGGAUUAUUGCUCACGUACCCAACACAGCCUUUAUUGACAGCGUUACCUGAGUGUGCUGCCAUUUUGGAACAAGAAGGGUGGUUACCUAAGUCCACCGUAAAAUCACUCAAGAAGGUAAUAGAGCAAUUCGAACAGCAACCUCUCAUGACAUUACAAGAGGCGUAUGUCGAUUUGUUUGAUCGUACACCAUCGUUGUCAUUACACUUGUUUGAGCAUGUGUAUGGGGAGUCUCGCGAACGGGGGCAAGCGCUUGUCGAUUUGGCGGAGUUAUAUCGCGAAAAGGGUCUUGUUAUUGCCACCGAGGAACUGCCUGACUAUUUGCCAUUAUUCUUAGAAUACUUGGCUUUAUUA